AUGGCGUUCAGGAAAGUCUUGAGACGGACGGCGGUCAUAGGAGGCGGCGCGGUCGCUGCUGGGUUCGGAGUGUCGCAGCUGAUGGCGUACCGGAAGAAGCAGCAUGGACGGGCCCAAAUAGCUCAGGUCACAGCAGAAGCUGAGCUUAAGGUCCCAUACACAGAUGAGCUCCCGUCUCGGCAGGCCCAGCUCGCGGCGCUGCGAGACGCCGAGGAGUUUGACGUCCUGGUGGUCGGGGGCGGGGCCACGGGGGCAGGAUGUGCCUUAGACGCCGUCACGCGCAAUCUGAAAACUGCCCUCGUGGAGCGAAGCGACUUCUCUUCGGGCACCAGCAGCCGAAGCACGAAGCUGAUCCACGGUGGAGUCCGUUACCUCCAGAAGGCCAUCAUGCGGCUGGACUACGAACAGUACCUGAUGGUGAAAGAAGCCUUGCACGAGCGAGCCAACCUGCUGGAGAUUGCGCCACACCUUUCGGCGCCGUUACCCAUCAUGCUUCCUGUGUACAAGUGGUGGCAGCUGCCUUACUACUGGGCGGGAAUCAAGAUGUACGACUUGGUGGCCGGGGUCCAGUGCCUGAAGAGCAGCUACGUCCUCAGCAAGUCCAAGGCCUUGGAGCUUUUCCCCAUGCUGAAGAAGGACAAGCUUGUCGCCGCCAUUGUCUACUAUGAUGGUCAACACAACGACGCCCGUAUGAACCUGGCCAUCGCCCUCUCUGCCGCUCGCUACGGGGCCGUCGUGGCGAACUACACCGAGGUGGUCCGGCUGUUGAAGACUCAAGACCAGCAGAGCGGCAGGGAGAGGGUGUGUGGCGCACGCUGCAGGGACGUCAUCACUGGGCGGGAGUUCUAUGUGAAGGCCAAGUGUGUGAUUAACGCCACCGGACCGUUCACGGACUCUCUGAGGAAGAUGGACGAGCAGGAAGUCAUGAACAUCUGCCAGCCCAGCGCUGGAGUCCACAUCGUCAUCCCGGGUUACUACAGUCCAGACAACAUGGGCCUCUUGGAUCCAGCCACAAGCGACGGCCGCGUCAUCUUCUUCCUGCCGUGGGCGAACAUGACCAUCGCUGGGACCACCGACACCCCCACCAACGUAACGGCCCACCCUAUCCCCGGGGAGGAAGACAUCAACUUCAUCCUGAGGGAGGUGCGCAACUAUCUGAGCGCUGAUGUGGAAGUUCGCAGAGGAGACGUCCUGGCAGCGUGGAGCGGCAUUCGUCCCCUGGUGACCGACCCAAACUCCAAAGACACCCAGUCUAUCUGCAGGAACCACAUCGUCAGUAUCAGUGACAGCGGGCUGGUCACCAUCGCAGGUGGGAAGUGGACCACCUACAGAUCCAUGGCUGAGGAGACUCUGGACGCCGCCAUCAAAGGUCUCGGCCUCACAGCUGAACCCUGCAGGACUGUGGGUCUGAUGCUGGAGGGAGCAAAGGGCUGGACGCCGACGCUCUACAUCCGCCUGGUGCAGGACUACGGCCUGGAGAAGGAGGUUGCCCAACACUUGGCGUCGACCUACGGAGGAAAGGCAUUUGACGUGGCCAAAAUGGCUCAGGUGACAGGACAGAGGUGGCCGAUCGUUGGGAAAAGGCUGGUGUCUGAGUUCCCCUAUAUUGAGGCCGAGGUCCUCUAUGCCAUCAAAGAGUACGCCUGCACCGCUAUAGAUGUCAUGGCUCGCCGAACACGCCUAGGCUUCCUGAAUGUUCAGGCAGCGGACGAAGCUCUCCCACGCAUCGUCCAAAUCAUGGGCAAAGAGCUGAACUGGAGUCAGGAGAAGAAGACGGAGGAGCUGGAAGCAGCCAAGAAGUUUUUGUACCACGAGAUGGGCUACAGGUCUCGUUCUGAGCAGCUCACAAAGACGUCUGAGAUCAAUCUGGACUACCAGGAAGUAGUCAGGUACAAGAAGCGCUUCCAUAAGUUUGACAAAGAGACUAAAGGCUUCAUCACCACGGUGGAUGUCCAGAGAGUUCUAGAGAGCAUCAACGUCCACAUCGACGAAAACGCUCUGCAUGAAAUCCUUAAUGAGGUGGACUUGAACAAGAACGGACAAGUUGAAAUAGACGAGUUCCUUCAGCUUAUGAGCGCCGUGAAGAAGGGACAAGUGUCCGACAGCCGCCUGGCCAUCCUCAUGAAAACAGCCGAGGAGACCCUGGACAAGAGAGGGCCAGUGACGGUGGACCGGAGUGGGGGCGGAGUCUAAGCCUGAUGAAAACCAUCGGCAGAGUUAGAGGUGGAUAAUGACGUCUGAAAAGGCGGGGAAGAAUGCAAAUGGCACGAUUUGAAUGACAAUCACGCAAUCAGGGACGCAGCAGGAUGAAUUUGGUCGAAUCAAGCCGCACUCCUCGGUGUGUUUGGGGUGAAAUCGUAUCUAAUGAUUGAAGUC